AUGCCCGUUGCGGCCGAGGAAUGGAAGGGGCUAGAAAGCGGCAGCAAGACCGGCUGGUUGUUCAAUUAUCACCCAACAACGGUGAUGACAGCUGAAGAGUCGUCGGUAGAGCGCCAAGUUGGCUCGGGUGGGCAGGCUGCUCUCCAUCUGCUUUUUCAGGAUCAUGACCGCGAACCCUUUUCGGUAAACCUGUUCUAUAACCCUUACAUUUUUGUCGCUCCAGUGGAGGGGCAUGAACACGAGGUAGAGCUGGGUCUCAUGUCCCUCUUUGGCCCCCAGCUGAUUCACCACAUUGAGGUGGUGGAGAAGGAGGACUUGGACCUCAUUAAUCACUUAAGCGGCCGCAAGCGGCUCUACCUCAAGCUCAGUUUUUGCAACGUGCAAGAUCUAACGGUGGUGCGUGGUCGACUUGAAAAAAUUGUGAAGCGCAAUGCUUCCAUGGGUGCUGCAAACUCUUUACUAAAUCCGUUUGACAGCUCACUAAGUGAGGUGAUGGCCAAAUCCUUCGAGGAUGACCCCUUAAAUACAAACGUGUCUUCUGAGCGAUGGUUUGAUUGGGUGCAUGAUGUGAGGGAAUAUGAUGUGAAGUAUCACAUGCGAGUGGCCAUUGAUUUGGGCAUAUUUGUUGGUCUUUGGUACGAUGUUACGGUGCAUGAGGGGGAGGCAACCGUGAAACGCUGCGAUGAUAGUGCCUAUGCCCCACCAAUGCCGACGGUUUGCGCCUUUGACAUUGAAACUACAAAGGCUCCACUGAAGUUUCCACAGCCGGAAGUGGAUCAAAUUUAUAUGAUCUCCUACAUGCUGGACGGGCGUGGAUACUUAAUCAUCAAUCGUGAGAUUGUGUCCAUGGACAUUCAUCCGUUUGAGUACACCCCUAAACCAGAGUACGAGGGAAUAUUUGAUACAUUUAAUGAACCAGACGAAAGGGCGCUACUACGCCGCUUUUAUGAUGAGAUGCGGAAAUACAAACCAAACGUGUACGUUACGUACAAUGGGGAUUACUUCGAUUUUCCUUUUAUUCAUGCACGCUCUAUCUUUCAUCAGUUAAACAUGCGGGAGGAGAUUGGCUUCACGCAAGGUGCGGAGGGCGUCUUUCUCAACCAGAAGAUUCCCCACCUUGACUGCUUCUACUGGGUGAAACGAGACAGUUACCUUCCACAGGGAAGUCAGGGGCUGAAGGCGGUGACAAAGUACAAGCUGGGCUACGACCCUAUUGAGGUAGAUCCAGAGGAUAUGUUGCCUUUGGCACAAACAAAUCCGCAACAGAUGGCGUCGUACUCUGUCUCUGAUGCAGUAUCCACGUGGUACCUUUAUCAGAAGUAUGUUCACCCGUUUAUCUACUCGCUCUCCACGAUUAUUCCCAUGUCGCCAGAUGAUGUGCUACGCAAAGGAUCAGGAGGCCUUUGUGAGUCACUGCUAAUGGUGCAGGCAUACGCAAACAAUGUUAUAUUUCCCAAUAAAAAAGAACAACAGUUGGAGAGGUUUUUUAAUGGGCAUCUUAUUGAUAGUGAAACUUACAUUGGUGGGCGUGUGGAGGCGCUUCGGAGCGGAGUGUUUCGCAGUGAUAUUCCCCUAAGCUUUAACAUGAGCCCUGACAUGUAUCAGAAGCUCAUUGACGAUCUCGACAAUGCGAUACAGUUUGCAUUGGAGGUGGAAAACGGUGUCAAGGUAGAUGAGGUGACUAACUACGCAGAGGUGCGGAUGGCCAUGAAAACAAAGUUAGAAUUCUUGCGAGAUAAUCCACGACAACGCACCAACCCCAUUAUUUACCACCUUGACGUGGGUGCCAUGUAUCCCAACAUUAUCCUUACAAAUCGACUGCAACCGUAUGCCAUUCCUAAAACAGACGUCUGUGCAGGGUGUUGCUUUAAUUCAUCCAUCAACGAGCAUCAAUGCAAGCGCAUCAUGACGUGGAAAUGGAAAGGGGAAUAUCUUACUGCUAGUCGUCAUGAAUAUCAACGCAUCAAAGCUCAGUUAGAGAAUGAGUCGUUUGCGGCGGCAGCGAUUCAGCAAGCGAAUAUAUCCGCUGUGCAAAAGAAAACAUAUGGUAACCGCAAAGGAAAUGUCUUAGAGGGUACAUCAUUUGAGCGAAAGCAGCGUCCUUUUUAUAAACGACAAGGUGAUGGUUCUGGUGGAGGUGGAGGAUACCGACAAGAGGGCAAACGUCAGCGGCAAGAGGCACAACAGGCGCUACUUUCAAGAGAAUUUGAAAGAAAAAAAGGAGAUGGGAGUGAUGAUGAGGAUGAAGACGAGGAGAAUGAGGUGGCAGGAGGGUUGAAGUCCUUUCAUAAACUCCAGGGUACGACCCAAUUUAGUCUUCUGAAGAAGCGUCUUGCUGAGUAUAGCCGGAAGGCUUACGGUAAAAUGCAUGAAUCGCGUGAAAUUUUACGCACUGAUGUUGUAUGCCAACGAGAGAACUCAUUUUACGUGGAUACGGUCCGUUUGUUUCGCGAUCGACGCUACGAGUAUAAAGCCGCUCUUAAAACUUGGAAGAAACGACUGGACACAGCCAAGGAUAAUGACGAGGUCAAACUAUGCAAAAGUCGUUGUGUCCAGAUGGAGUCUCUUCAGUUAGCACAUAAGUGUAUUUUAAACUCGUUUUAUGGCUACGUCAUGCGCAAGGGCAGCCGUUGGUAUAGCAUGGAAAUGGCUGGCAUAGUAACAUAUCUUGGGGCCACACUCAUUCAAAUGGCUCGGGCCCUUGUGGAACAGAUUGGGGUGACGCUUGAACUUGACACGGAUGGUAUAUGGUGUUGUCUUCCCAAGGAGUUUCCCGAAAACUUUACCUUCACGACUUCAAAUUCCUUCAAGUCAAAGGUGACAGUUUCCUAUCCAUGUGUUGUGCUGAACAAGAUGGUGCAUGAUGACUACACGAAUCACCAAUACCAAACAUGCAUCGCCCCGGGCGUGUAUGAGCGUAGAAGUGAGUGUUCCAUUUAUUUUGAAGUGGAUGGGCCCUACUUGGCCAUGCUGUUGCCGGCAAGUCGGGAAGAGGGAAAAAGCAUUAAAAAGCGCUACGCUGUAUUUAAUCCAGAUGGUAGACUUGCAGAAUUGAAAGGGUUUGAACUGAAACGGCGUGGUGAGCUGAUGCUUAUUAAGGACUUUCAGUCUCAAGUGUUUCGUCGCUUUCUUGACGGCGGCACCCUUAUGGAGUCGUAUGCCUCCGCAGCCGUGGUCGCCAACGCGGCACUCGACAUGUUGUACUCCAAGGGGGAGGGCUAUGAAGUGGAAGAAAUUCUUGAAAAGUUAUCGGAAAGUAGCAACAUGACACGUCGUCUCGCAGAGUACCCAGACUCGCAGAAGUCUUUGGCGUUAACUACUGCCCGUCGCAUAGCAGAGUUUUUGGGUCCACAAAUGGUGAAGGAUAAGGGACUUGCGUGUCAAUUUGUUAUUUCGCGUCUCCCUGCCGGUCGUCCAGUGACGGAGCGUCCGAUUCCUCUCACCAUUUUUCGUGCCGACCCGACACUGCGUCUGCACUUUCUUCGUAAGUGGACGGGGGACAACUCACUAUCGCCGGAUGUCGAUCUCCGCCAACUUCUGGACUGGGAUUACUACAUUGCCAGGUUUAACGUUUGUGUGCAGAAGAUUAUUACGAUUCCUGCAGCACUGCAACAGGUACCUAACCCAGUACCGCGUGUGUCUCAUCCAGAUUGGCUGCAAAGGCGACUUGAGCAACAAAAUUCCAGAUUUAGACAGCUUAGUCUAACUGGGAUGCUCGCAAAAAUGAAGGCAAAUCAGGCCGCCAUUCCAGAUGUGGAGGAACUGGUUCCGGUGGAAGAGGCGACGAGACCCUCUACGAUGAUGUUGGAAGCGAAGAAGAACGGGACAGAUAAUGAGAUUGUAGACAGUGAUUCUGCUGAUGAUGUCGAGAGCCACUCCGACGAUGAAGGUGAUCGUAUACGACAAGAGAAAGAAGCAUUGGAAGAGGAGGCAGUAAAUGCCCUCAGGGCAAAGUAUUUUGCUCCGAAGAGCACUGUCACACUGGACGCAGCAUUUUUCACGGCUCCUGGUGUUAAGAUGUGGCUGCAGCGUCAGAAGGAAUCUUGGACGCACCGUGCAAAACUUCGUUGUGAGAUGGUGGCUGAUGCAUCUGAUAGCCUUUCUGUGGAUGGGACGGCCAUCAAUAAUCAUUUUAUAGACAUAAAGUCCAAGGCACUUUCGGCGACGUGGCACAUUAUGGAGGUGCGGCCCGACAAUGAGGAAACGGGAAUGGUGACUGUCAUUACCGCACUUGAAAAGACGUUGCAAACCUUUCGCUGCGUCGUUCCACGUCGUGUUAUCGUAGAUGCCAAUGCACAGUUUCAGUUUCCUGGUGCAAAGGGGUUAAACAAUGCUCGGGUGCUUCCGCGAGGUCGUCUUGCAACAAAUUUACAACAGAUUGAUAUUCCCCCUGGAGUUGAGGGGGAGAGGAUGCUGAAUGAGCUGCAAGCUUCGCGGGAGGACGUUCGAGCUGUUUAUGAGAACCACAUUACUCGGACGGAUGUGUUUGUUGAGAAAAUUGGUUGCUGCGCAAAUGUCAUAGCGGAUCUUCAUUUACGCAGCACACGUCGUCGUCCCUCCAUGCGAGACGUGUUUGAACUGGAGGAGUUGGACAGUACGGUGAGCGGUAAUUAUCUCCAGAAUUCCACGGACAGAUAUGUGUUUGUUUUUCAUGUGGCCUCUGACACUCGCGGUUUGCUCGGUGUGGUCAAUCACCACGCAAAAACAGCCGUUGUAGUCAUUGUUCAAUCUGCAUCUGCACCGAUUCCAACAAUAAAUUGGGGUACUCUGGUUCUUGAGGUGGCAAAAGCAAUGAACAUGGCAAUGAUCCCACUUGAAGUCAUGACGGAAGUUGUCUCGGAUGUUACAAGCGGAUGGAAGCUUAUUCAUAGGAUCUUAAUGGAAGUGAUGGAAAGUGGAAGAUCCCCGUUGUUUGCUGUUCUUGAGAGUAGUGUGCCAACUUCGCAGCUUUUCGCGCAACGCUCUCUUCCUUAUACACUACCGUAUUUGCGCGUCCUAGGUGCCGUGGAAGACGAGCGACUGUUGGCUGAUCCUUUUCGUUGGGCACGUUUGCUGGCGAAGCGACUUGUGCAACGGUACUAUGCCUCUCUCCUUUGGGUAGAGGAGCGUAUUGCUUUUAGCCGAAUUUCUGGUAUUCCUCUUUGUAACCUUGCGCAGGACACUUGUAUGCACGUGUGGGAUGUGAUGUUUAGUCGCUCCCUGCACGCUCGCUCUCACGUCUUGUGGAACUCGCACGACAUAUGCAUUGCCUAUGAAGCUGUUGAAGAACCGCCUCGUCAAGUUGUCAUGCCAGGCGGAUACCUUUCGUGGUGUGUGGAGUUUAGUUUGGCUAGACUGGAUGUGGUUGCGGUGUUAUUCUCGCAGAUGAUUCAGGAGGGAGAUGACCCUAAUCUGCACAUCCUGUGUGAUCGCGGUGUAACCACACACUUCAAUAUCCUACGAGAUCUUGUCUCGGAUCUUCUUGGUCAAGUGGUGGCAAACCCGGCGGCGGAUGCCCUUCUCGCAAGCUUUGCACGCUGGAUUCGUGAUCCAGUGUCUUGCUGCUAUGAACCUCGGUUACUAGAACUUGUGAGUAAACUUGCCCAUCGCGCUCUCACCACUGUGCUCAUUCGUCUGGCAAAACUGGGUGGACGUACCGUAAAGGUGGAUGGGGACGCGAUUUUUGUGCUUACUCCUAAGCAUGCCAUUCAGGAUGCGGUUAGUUUUGCGCGUUACAUGGUGGAUUCUCUGCGGGACCAACCCAUGUUAUUGCUAUUGUCGCUCCAACCCAUUCGAUACUGCUGUCCAUUUAUGGUUCUUGGCAAGCGGGAUUUUGCAUGUUUGUGUGUUUCUAGCGAGGAUAUUCUUGGUUUGAAGGAAACAGAGCAAAUGCCACGUGAUAGGAUGAAAUUUGAGAGGGCGUUUACAAUCUGGGGAAAGCUGCCCAAGAAGGCAAAGGGUAUCUUCCUUCGGCGCGUAGAAAGCACACUGCGUCUCAUUUCGGAGGUCCGUGAAAAAGUGCUUCAAGACAUUCAGGUAGAUCCGACCGUUGUUCUUGCCAACAAAAGCGAACAAAUUCUGCUACGGGAAGUUAAAGCCUUUAAGGUGGCAAUUGAGGACAAACUGCAUGGAGACCUAAUCGAUGAGGUUCAUGGGCUCAUGGACCACAAAGACUUGUACGAGGAAGGUGAGUUGCCGAGCAAUGGUGCACCUCUCUCAGGCGUUGCCGUGGCGUUGGAGUAUACCAAAAUCAUUUGUCGCUUGCUUGAUCUGUUCCACAAUGACGGUGUUGUGGGGAAGAUGCGCAACAAUUGUUUGCGCCUCUGUGGGGUUAGUCCUUUUUCUCCAUUAGCACAGCUGAUCCCCGACGUUGACGCGGAAUGUCGUUUGUUAAUGGUGAGGUGCAGUUUUUGCAACCUUGACGUCUAUCUUGACCUGGGCGUGCAGGAGAAACGUCUACGCUGCGACAGGUGUAAUGCGCCAAUUUCUGCGUUUGCCCUUGAAUCCCACCUUGUGCGACGUGUCAACGCUCUUGUGAUGAACUACUUGCAACAAGACUUCAAGUGCAGUAAAUGCAACGAGGUUGCGUCCAGCUACAUGAGUCAAACGUGCUGUGGUCCUCUCGUGGGGAAGGGCAAGCCCAUCGCGGCUCAGCUCCAGGCAAUGCGGAAGGUUGCCCUUAUUCAAGACUUUUCAUGGCUAAAGGAGAGCGUUGAUUUGGCGCUCCGUUUUUCUUAG